AUGGCCAUCAAAUUCUUAACAAUAUUGCUAUCAUCUUUCCUCCCUUGUUCAAUGGCAAUGAAUAACACCGGCUUUAUCCUACCAGUGAUACACAAAUACUCUCCACUCUCUCCAUACUUCAACACCAUUAAAAAUUCUUACGACGACAUCAUCUCACCAAUAAGCUAUGACACAGGUACCUACUUGAUGCCUAUCCACAUAGGUUCUCGUCUUGUUAAGCGAUAUGCUUCCAUUGAUACUGGCAGUGAUCUUGUAUGGAUUAACUGCAAACCUUGCAACUCAUGUCCUGAGAAAGAAAAUCCUCCAUUUGAUGAAACAACUUCUCUCACAUAUCAGAGGUUCCCUUGCCUUUCUUUAGUAUGUACCAAAGAAGAAGAUUUCUCAUGUUUGGAUAAUCGAUUCUGCAACUUCCGAAGAACAUAUCAAGAUGACACAGAAGUAAAGGGAGAGCUUGGCAUUGACAUUGUUCUGAUCCCCCUUGCAAAUGAGCCAAAGUUUGCAAACUUGAGCUUCUUCGCCUUCGGUUGUGCCCACUACAGUAAUGGUAGUUAUAACCGGCAGACUGAAGACGGUCUUUUAGGACUUGGUAGAGGGACACUGUCAUUCAUCAACCAGUUGAAAGCCGAAAGAUUCUCACAUUGCUUCCCUCCAUUAUAUAGAAACGACGGGAGAGGAGAAAUGAAGUUUGGUUCAAAUGCUGAACUUAUUGGAGGAAGAACACCAAUGUUAGAUGUCCCUGGGAGACAAUUCAAUUACUUUGUAAAGUUGCAAGGUAUCAGUGUGGGUGAUGUCAGACUGGACCUUCCAGACAGAUACUUUGAUCUAAGAUCAGAUGGCAAUGGAGGUUUCAUUAUCGACUCCGGGACGGCAUUAUCAACCCUUUCCGACUAUGCUUACUACUCAAUGUUGCCAAUGCUGGACAAAGCCAUUGGAGUUAAGCGAGUGAAACAGAAUAUGUAUCCAUACCGAACAUGCUACUGGGCGACAGAAAGGCAAACAAGAAGAGUUAGGUUAACUUAUCACUUUGCCGAAGUUGACAUCCCGUUCCAUAGUUCAGGAGUGUUCACCAAUUUAAAUAGUUACAUUAUGUGUCUCUCCAUUAAUCCUAAUGGAGAUAGUGGACCUUCGGUUCUGGGUGCAUUAGGCCAAACAGACUUGAAUAUUGGUUAUGAUCUCACUGGUAAAUUUAUUUUCAUGAAACCUAGGUUGUGUUAA